CGCGGAAAUCGCAAACCCAAGAUAAAAACGUCCAGAUCGCUACAUUUUGCUUGGACUGGUAGAGACUGCAAACCACUAGGUGCAUAUAUAAGCACGACGAGCCAUAUUCAUACCUUUUAUGACGUAAUCAUGUCCAGCCAUACAAAACGAUACUCACCACUCCCAAAUCCAACCUCAAACCCACUCCCCCGACGCCGAACACCACGCCUACGAACCAUUCUCAUUCUUCUCGUCCUAGUGCUCUUGGUCGUCUACCACAACUCCGCCUCCAUCAUGUCCACCAUCCCCACGCACCGCCCAAGCGCCGAGGCCAACCUCCAGGAAGUCGCUGACUUGAUGGACGAGAUCUACUCCACGCUCGCCAAAAUGCGCUACAUGCCCGCCUCCGCCAUCAAGCGCGCCCCGCACACCAACCCGGGCAUCAACCUCACCCUCGCCGCCGAGUGCUCGCUAGACCCGCUCGUCAUCCGCCUCCACCAGCUGCUGCCGUACGUGGACAAGACGGAGGUCGAGAGCCCAGACUUCAUCCACGGCGGCGAAUUCGCCGACUUCCGGGCCGAAGACGACGUGCGGCAGAGCCGGGACCCACUGUACUCGGGGUGGGAGAGCAACGGCGGGAAGGGCGACUGGGACGGCGAGGACGGCGAGUACAUCCGCCCGUGGGUGACGCCGCUGAGCAUGAUGGGGAACCACCAGAGCGUGCUCAUCUACGAUGCGCGCAAGCAUCGCAUCUGGAUCAUCGACCAGGAGUCCGGCUGGAGUACGGACCGGGCGCUCAGGGGUGUGGAGGCCGGGGAGCCGGUGUCGGCGAAUCGGAUGAACUACGACCAUGUGCCCAGUCGGCCUGCGGGGGACGUCUUGAGGGAUGUGGUCGCGCGUUAUAUGAGCCUGGAGGAGAUCCCUGGGGGCGGGGAGCAUAGUCCCGGGUUCUGGGAGGAGGCGUUGAGGGCGCUUUAUAGGAAGUGUGGAUGGCCUGGGAGUUUUGAUAGUGAUGCUUUUGAGGUUGAGAGGGUGAGGAUGGAUGCGAGGGAUCGGUGCAAAUAUUUUUUCGAGGAGCCUCUAAGGGAGGUGGAGACGCUAAAGAGCUGGGGUAAAUAUGCCGAUCGGCGGGCUGAGCGCCUACGCCAUGACCUCGGUUUGGCAGAGACGGAUGAUCAGCGGUAUUCUAUUGAGUUCGCGCUUCGGAAAGAGGAGUAUAAAGAUCAAAGACGGGUCCGGGAUCUUCUGAAGGCAGAGGAGAAGGCGGAGAGGCUCUGUCCUGGCGGUGUAUGUUUGCCGGAUGAGGAUCUACCGCUCUGGGAGUUGCGAGAGCUGGAAUCGGUGUUGGAGUCGCAGCACAGCAGCAUAAGUGGGACCCGUAAUUGGAUUGCGUCAAAGGACACGACGGCGGAGCAGAAAGAGGACUUCAGGAAGUCCCUCAAGAUCCAGGAAGCGAAACUGAUCUUCGACGAAACAGCCGUCCGGAGCUCCAGGAACGAAGUCGACCGGCUGUGUGCUGAACGAGGCUGUAGGCCGUUACCGAGGCAUGGUGAACGGGAGCGGGAGCAGGAGAGGGUUGCUAGGUCGAAGGAGAUUCUAGUGCAGGAGAAGGAGCACCUUGCCUUAAUCAAGCAGUGGAUGCGUGAGCUGCGGUCGAAUGCUGUUACUACGAAGAACGAGAUGGAAGAGGAAUUGGAAAUGGUAAAGAAGGGCAUAAAAUCGUUAGAGGCGAGUAUAUUACAGUCUGAGAAGUACUAUGCAGAUAAGGGGGAUCCAUUGUAGAUAUUAGAAUGCACCUUAUAGUCUAGAAGCCGUUACAUACAACACGUUAAUUCUUAACGACC